AUGUUGCAGAGAAUAAUCAUGACAGGAAUGUCGGAUUUAUUUUGCCUGAUCUGUGAUAUAACUGUCAACGACUCGUCCAGUGUGAAUAUUUGUACUUCUUCUCAACGUGACGGAGAGCCGCUCGUCAAUUUCGCUACACGAAUAUUCAGACCUACUACUUUGGAAUUUCGCAGCACUUACAUCUGCUUACAAUGUUACAAACUCUUCCAAAUGCUGGAGCAAGCCCAGUGUACUGUAGCGAACAUACGUUGUGAGAUUCUCAAGGUAUAUGGAAGAAGCAGGAAAGAAAGAGCUAUCAAGCAAGAACUGCAAGGCAAAGGACAUGAUUUUGUGGAGAAUUUCGGCGAGCAGAAUGAAGCGGUUACAGAUGGCAUGGUACAUCAAAUAAAGGCUACUUUGCCCUUCAGAUCUAUUGGCAAUGAGAUCAUUACAUCACAGACAUUUUCACAAGAUGCAAUAUUUAAUCAAGAUAUGAAUAUUCAGAGUAUCGACACAAUCAUAGAGAAUAAUACUACUAAAGUUAUUAAAAACACAAGUACAAAAAUUGAGGAAGUUAAUUGUUUGAGCAAGGAAGAUAUAUCUCAGACCAAUAUCAAAGAUUCUACUCUACCUCAAAAUGAUCAAACACAGAAACAAAACUUCUUACAUGCAUAUAAAACUUGUGUAAAUAUCGUAGAAACCAAAACAGAUGAAGAAAACUCAUUUAGAAAAGAAGUUGAUUAUUGUGAUAUUGGAAGAGAAGUUGAUUAUUGUGGUAUUGCUAAUGUGAAUACUUCAACAGAAGUAUAUUGUGCACCAGCUUCAGAGAAUUCAAAAAGAGUGUUAAAGCACAAUUCAGAGUCUAUGGAACAUUUAUGCUCUACUUGUGGAACCAAAUGGAAGACACGAGCAGAAUUGAGAGCGCACAUGAAAACACAUUUAACAUUAAGGAUAUUCAUGUGUGAAAAAUGCGGGCGCGUCUACAAACACAAACACGCCCUGGAAGUGCAUGUUGGAAUGCAUAAUGGCAUAAAUCCCUUCCAAUGUAGCUAUUGUAAGAAGUGUUUUACGCAAAAGGGCGCGUUAAUAAGACAUCUACCAAUACAUACUGGUGAGACUCCUUAUCAAUGUGAAAUGUGUGGCAAAAGAUUCAUACAUCACACAUCGUACAACAUGCACAUGUCAUCUCAUAAUGGCAAGAAACCUCACAAGUGUGAAAUUUGCGACAAGUUUUUGCUCUCAACGUCGCACUUGAAGAGGCAUAUGCGAGUUCAUACUGGUGAGAGGCCCUACAGCUGUUAUAUAUGCGGAAAACGAUUCGCGGAACGAUACAACUUAUUGGUCCACCAUAAAAUACAUGAUCCAGAUGGAAGCAAGAUGAGACAGGAGAAGAAAGUUCAAAAAAAGUGCGAACAGAAUGAUUUGGUAUCAAGUGAGAGGCAAAAAUUAGAUAUUCACCCGAAAUGCCAAGACAACUCAGGUAUUUUUAACAUAGACGUGAAUGCUGCAGAAAUAUCAGAUAGUUUCGUGUCACAUGUUCAAACUCAGGAUACGAAUAUGAAGCAGACAAAUUAUCGAGACAACGCAAACGAAGAAACGUGGAUGCAACCAGAUAACGUGAAAAUGUAUGGCGUCGACGAUCAAACCAGACUCGUGUUUUCUUUACCUCAUCUCGUUACGAAUCCCUUGGUUACGUUCACUGAACAAGACUUCUCUGUACAAAGCAUAAAUUGCGACACAAAUCUACAAGUAGACGUAGCUUCAAACGCAGUAAAUUUAAACGGUAAUCACAUCGUAUCAACGCGCAUUUGA